CGGGAUCGCGCGCCGACGCCGACGCCCGCGCGCGCUCGACGCCGAGAGAGCUCGCGCCGAACGCACCGAACUUCGCCGCGACGCGCGCGCGAACGCGUCGAACGCGUCGAUCGAGGUCGGCGUUGAAUCGGAUCGAAAUCGCGAUCGGGAUCUCGAUCGCGCGCGAGGAUGGGAAUCUGUUACUCGCUGCCGGACGCGGCGGCGGAUAAGGCGCGGACGCUGGCGACGGCCGCGGGAACGCAAUGGUCGAAUGGACUCGGCGCGUCGUCCGCGGCGGCGGCGAAAGCGGCUCGGAAGGCGAAGUUGACCAAGUACGCGCUGGUGAAGUGCGAAUUCGACGCCGAGACGGCGGCGAAGGCGAAGCGGCUGAGCGUGAUUCGAGAGAUGCUUUUUGAACAGAUCGCGCUUUGGAAAGCGUGGUCGGCGGGGACGUUGCCGUUGGAUUACAGCGUGCUCAUGCAUUGGAGUAAAUACUGCCAUGCGAAUGAGGAAUGCUCGAAGCGACUGCGAAACGUGGCGCUUCAAGUGCAAAACGCCUCCGCCGCGCACGCCGAAUACGUCAAUUUCAUGACUGAGACGUUCAUCGAAGGCAUUGAUGAGACGAUCGAUGUCAUCGAAGAAGCUUGGAACGUGUACGAGCUGUACGAAAAGUCCGAAUACGAUUACAGGUUUGCUUUGAAGACAUCGAAGGAUGAGGAAAAGAACGCUAUCAAGAAGGGUGAGAUGGAAAUCAAGCUACAAGAAGCGAAGAAGGCUAUCAAUGAGUGCGCUGGCAAGGUUGAAUCGAUUCUCGUUCCGUUGUUCAAGCGCACGAUUACCGAGCUCGAAAAUUUCGCGAAAAAGUGCAUGCAAAAGCGGGAGCGAACGGGUGAGGAGGCCAUCGCCACCGCGGCCAAGUUCGAGCGCGCCAACUCUGUUGCGUAUGCCAAGCUGAAGAAGCGCACUUACACGGCUGCAGAUGCCAUCACUGCCGCCAAAAAUGCCAUCGUUGAUAACGGUCUUCCGGAGCAGUUGAACGAAAUUAACGCAAAACUGGACGAAAUGAAGCGUCACGGCAUGGCUUUGGCGCUCAUCUUCCAAGAUUUUGUGCCGUAUAUUAAACUCAUCUUCGGGCCGGAUCGCAUGAAUAUUUUCGCUGAUGAAUUAUGCAAAAAGAUCGACGGUUUCAAGUCUCUGAAAAAAGCGGCGGCCGAGAUUCACGAUAAGAUUCAAGCUCUGACGAGUGAGAUCGACGUCGAGGAAUUCAAGCGCAUGGUCGAAGAGUUCGAGCAAGUCGUUCACACGGAGUGCAACACGGUCUCCUCUCAUUCCACUGCAUACGUCAAGUCGUUGUCUGACAUCGUCAAAGCUGAACGAGCUCUUGAAAGAGCAGAAAACGUUUACAAAAGUAAAGCGCCAAACUUCGUCAUGCCGCCCAUCGGCGACAAACUUGCCAAGUUUAACGAUGAUAAGGCGGCGUGGAAUGGCGCGCUCAAGGACGCACAAGACGCCGUCACGAUCGCUAAAGAACGCUCAGUGGCAGAUUUGAACGCGCACAAGGAGAGCUUUGAUAAUUUGUUUAUCAAGAAAGAUUCCACUUUCCACUCAUUUAUCAUUGUGGCGAUUGAAAAUGCCUGUGCGAUCGUCACCGAAGCGCACAAGACAAUCAAAGCGGUGAAGGCGCGUCAAAUCCGCGACGCAGCUGAAGAGCCCGAAGCAGAAGAGGUGAUCGAGGUUCCUGAGGUCGAUUUCUCCCAAGCAGAUGCGAGCCAGAAAGAAGCCGAAGUCUCCAAGGCUGAAGCUGAAGCGAAAAUGAAGGAAGCGGAAGAAGCCGAAGUCAAGGCAAAGGAAGCCGCCGAGGCGGCGGAGAAGGCUCGACAAGUCGCGAUUCGAGAGGAAAAUGAAGCAAAACAAGAGGUACUACUUCGCAAGGCUGCCGAAGAAGCCAAAAAAGCUGCCGAAGAAGCCAAGGCGAAGCAAGAAGCUGAAGCCAAGGCCGAGGAAGCCGCGAAGAUUCAAGCCGAAAAGGAAGCCAAGGCAGAGAAAGAAGUCGCGAAGGCGGCAAAGGCGCUCGAGCAACAAGUCUCCAUUGCCGAGAAGAAGGCUGAAAAAGAAGCCUCGAACGCGGCUUCUCAGCAAGAUGCAGUCGACGCGGUGCGCGAUGCAACCAUUAAGGAAACUUUAGCAAGGGCUUCGAGUGUUAAGGAGGUGUCGAUUGCGAACGCUGAAGCGUCCAUCGGCACCGAGCUUUAAGGAUCGCCCCGCCAAAAAAGAGCAAAAGCACAUCACAAACGCACGCAUAAUUAUAAUGAACGGGCUACUGGUACCCCGUAUGCGGUAUGAAACAGACGAAAC